AGAUGCUCAUGGUUUGGAAGUUGGGGGAAGAAAGUAAGUGAAACUUUGCAAAACGUUGACAUUGGAAAAAGAUCUCAAAUCUUCUUUCUAAAUGCUGAAGAUGUUGCAAACAUUGAUAGGUUGUGCUUAGAUUGCCAACCUGCCUGUCCAUCUAGUCAGGAAGAAUGGAAGAAAAUGUGGUAUACCCUGGAAAGAAUAUCUAGGACAAUAAUUAGUUGUGGAGAUCUCUGGAAGGAUCUAACUAGAAGCUUGGGAAAGAAGAGAGCGUUAUCUGAACUUCUAAAGCUGUUAGAGAGCAGCGGUUUGCAUAGAAACAAAUUUGAAAAUGUGGAGAUAUCAAGUUUGUUUGUUCAGCCAACAUAUAGUUUGCAGCAUCUACUGCUGACACAGAGCAGACUGCUGUAUGUGGCUUCUGCUGCCCAUGACACGAAAUAUCUGUCAAAUGAAGAUUCAGAAUCUGAAUGGAAAACAGCAAAUGAGUUCUACUUUAAAAGCUUAGCAUCAAUGCAACUUCUACAACAGAUUUGCUUAAGACGUCAUGGAGAUUUUACUUCUGAGCAGGUUAAUAGGUCAGUCUCUUUUCUCAGCCAUCUUGUGGCUAUACAGCAGAUGCAACGGGCUGCUGCAUACGAGUUUGCUGAGCAGUUGAAGAGCUUGCGUGGCUAUGUCUCAGCUAUGGAAGAUUUAUUAUCUGCUUCCACUGACACUGAUGCUAGGACUGAGGUUAUGUGCUCUGUUGCUCAAAAUCAACAUGACACCUUUAUGUGUUUGUGGCAACAAAAACAACUCUUUGAUAGGUUUGGUGCUAUGUUGCUUGAAGAAUCUCUGUUGCUGAGAAGUUUUGAAAGAACCCACUUGAACUCUUGUAAAAAUGCUAAAGCAGCGGAUAGUUUUCUCGCUUUGAUUGAGAAAUUUAUUCCAGUAAUUCAGAAAUCUAAGGAAUCUUUGGAUACUUACCUUCUUGGCUGCAAUGAAGCUAUCACAAAUUUGACUUCUUGUGUCCAUCCAUAUAUAAUUUCUAAGCAAAUGGAACAAUUGUUAUUCCAGAACUUGGAUGUCAUUAAGGAAUUUGAAGACGAUCUCUCCACUUUCCGCAAGAAAGAUCACGAGAAAAAUUCUGUUAUAGAAACUUUUCUGAAUCACUUUAAUGAGAUGUUGAAUGAGGGAAAACUGAUGGCUGAAAAACUCAAUCCUGCACUGGAUGCUAGAAACAAACCAAAAAUUUCAUGUCAAGAUCCAACUUUCCCCGAAAAUCUUUCUGAAGUUGAAGCAGAGUUUGGUGGAGCCAUCGGAGAAACAUAUGAAGACAUCCUUGAUGUGUUGCAAAAAUUAGGUUCAUCUUGCAAUGGUCAUUCUUUUUCCAAAGAACUACUGGGGAAUGUUACUGCAUGGGGAGCUUUAUUUAAGUCAACUGUGGCAGAUUUUAGAGUAGAUGAAUUAUGCAAUAAGCUCCUCAAACUGAUUUGUUUAACAGAAAAGCUGCUGAACCAUUUCGGCCAAAAUGUCCCAACACUUUCUUCCCGUAUUGGAGCUUGUUUGAAGUAUCUACUUGCAUUUCUGAACCUAAUAUUGAGCUUUGCUGACUGUUUCCUGCAAGACUUUCUGGUUAUGGUUAAAACUGUAUCUGUUAUGACUCAUGCACUUGCAAAUAUUUUGGCCUCCUUGUAUUCAAAAGGGUUUGGCACUUCUGCCAAAGACCAUGACGAUGUCUCUGUUCCUGAUGGAUCCCAGUUAGCGAGUGGAACCGGUAUGGGUGAGGGUUCAGGAUUGAAAGAUGUCAGUGACCAGAUAACUGAUGAAGAUCAACUACUUGGUACUUCUGAAAAGGAUGGGGAAGAACAAGAUGCUUCAAAUGAAGUCCCAAGUAAAAAUGAUAAAGGAAUUGAGAUGGAAAAUGAUUUCACUGUCGAUGCACUCAGUGUAAGUGAGGACUCUUCAGAGGAUGACAAUGAAGAAGCUGAGGAUGACCAGUUGGAUUCUGCCAUGGGGGAGACUGGAGCUAAUGCUGAAGCUGUUGGUGAAAAGCUUUGGGAUGCACAUGAAGAUGAAAAUCCUGAGAACUCAAAUGAGAAGUAUGAAUCUGGACCAGCUGUCACAGAUAAAGAUGCUAGCUCUAGGGAGCUUAGAGCCAAGGAAGACCGAACUGCUGAUGCUGAUGACUCUGGGGACCCCUGUUCUGACAAGCUUAAUGAAUCGAGUGAUGAGAUUGGUGACCAGCAUGAUCUUGAUAAUGAAGAGAAUGUACAAGACCUGAAUUUGAGCAAAGAUGAAGCAUUUGCUGACCCAACUGGGUUAAAGCUUGAUGAGCUUGAUGUUAUGCCAAUGAGGAUGUUGACAAUGACGAAGAAGAGGACAUGGACAACAAUCAGUGCCAGAAGACCGGGACAUCGGUUGAGAAUGACAUAUUGA